CAGCCGCCUACUGUCCCCCUCUCCUCUCUGCCUUUGCUUGUGCUCCUUCUUCUCCUCCCUCCUCGCACGCACCGGACAUCGAAAAGCCCUCCUUCCUCUUCUCCCAGGCCCCCCUCUCCCUCCCCUUGGCUCCUGCGCGCAGCGUACGGUGCCCGGGUCCUGCCCCUGGCGAAAUGACACAGGAUAAUCGCUCCCUGCCGCCCGGUCGCCAUGCCCUCCCUCCCAACAGCGCGGCUCCCUUGAAUGAUCUCUCCCUCAAUUUUACUCAGAACUACAUUCCACACCAUCUGCAAGGGGGCCAACAGGAAUUCCCCGCCGAACGCUCCCUUGCCCCUGGCAACUUUCCCUCCCAGGGUGGCCUGCCGUAUAACCAGUUCUCCGAUGCCGGGCCCCAGCACCUGAACCCCGGGGUAUGGACCCCCCAUCCGCCGAAGGCCUCUCUGGCUCAGGAGUCCGGGCAUCACCAGCACCACAGCCGUUUCUUGCAGACGACCACCCGCCCGCGCGAUGCCCAUGAUGCCCAUGCUCAGCACCUGUCCAAGGAGGCUGUCUACCAGGGUUCCUUUCAGCAACAUCCGCAGCAGCAGCAACAUCAGCAGCAGCAGCAGCAGCAGCAGCAGCAGUACCAGCAGUCCCAUCAAUAUCAGCUGGAGCAGCUGUACCAGCAGUCGCAGGCUGGCGGAUUGCCGGGCCACCAGCACGGUCUGUCCCUGCCGCCGGCCAUGCAAUCGCGCCAGCAGCUCAUCGACGCAUCGCAGGCCCACCUCUUGGACGCCCUGCAGAGGCAAGUGCGCCAGCCAGUGGAUGAGUCCCAGUUUGUGGAUUCUCACCUGCGUUUGGAGCAGUACCCUGCUCCUGGAAGCGAUGCCGCCGCACACCAUGGGGCGUACUUUGAGGGGCAGUUUGCCGGCCGGCCUGGCACUUCGCUUGGCCUUCCUCCUCAGCAGCAGCUGCCAACCUCCUCGCCCCCAGGCUACGCGUCUGGUGCUUCGUCACAGCAGUCUCCAGCCUCUGGGCCGAGGGCUCACUCCUCCAGCCCGGCAAGCCUCCUCCCCCAGGAUUCGAUGACUCCGACCGGCAUUCACACCGGCUUGAAUCAACAGCAGCAGCAGCAGCAGCAGCAGCAGCAGCAGCAGUACCAUCAGUCACACUCGUACAUGCCACUCACCGGGCUCCAAGCUGUUUCGACGUUGGCCAGCCAACAAAAGACCGAUGGUGCCAUCGAUUUGACGGCAUUCCCCCCGGGCUUGACGCAACAGCUCUACCAUCAAACCCAGCAGCUCUCGCAGUAUCAGCACCAGCAGCCUACGUCUGUUGCCACGCGUGGUGGGGAGAUCUAUGUGCAGGAGCACGAACAGUAUACCCUGCCCGGGAAUGGGUCCUCUGCCCCAACCGGGGCCAUGCACCUUGGUGAGCGGUCCCAUCAGCAGCUACAUCAACUGGCCUCCGAUGAGCACUUCCACCACCAGCAGCAGCAGCAGCAGCAGCAGCAACACCAUGCCCACCAGCAACAGCAGCAGCAGCAGCAGCAGCAGCAGUAUCAGACGCAAUAUUCCCAGCCACCACCGCAGCAGCAGCAGCAGCAGCAGCAGCAGCAGCAACAACCGCCGCAGUCGCAGUAUCGUCAGCAGCAGUAUCAGUCGCAGACAGCCGAUCAUCCCUCCUCCCAUGAGCAGGCAGGGCGACAGCGCCCGCCCAAUCGGACAACGGCCCCGCAGCAUGAGCCCCGACUUGCAACUCCCUCCGCUCCCUCGGAUCCGGCCUUGGCCCGACUAGCUGAUGAUCCGGGCGCAGGCUACGGCAUGCCAUCACGCCAUCAUGCCUCUCAGGGUGAUCGCCGGCCAUCGGGCCCGGCGUCGGUGUCGGCGCACGGGGCCCAGAAGGCCUCCCUCCGCGCAGGUCUCGGAACGGCUCGGACUGAUGUGGCACUGGCCGCAGCAGCGGCCGCUGCCAUUUCCUCUGCGUUGUCCAGCACGCCGGCAAACUCGGCCCCGACACCUGGCGAUACCGGCCCCAUGCAUGCAGGUCGGUCGAACUUUGUCUUCAAUGGCUCCUUCAGCCCGAUGGCCUUGCUGGGUCCGGAAGCUGGUCGCGCAUACCUCCGGCGAAGCCAGGCUAACCGAGCGGGCGCCAAGCAAAGGCCCCCCCUUUCGCCUGCGACCACCACCGGCAAUACACCCGUGGCCGCCGGCACCGGUGUCGCCGCCGGCGCCCCGGCUGAGGGGGACGCUGCCGAGGGGCCCGGUCCGGCUGAGGGCCCGGAGGAGCGCCUGCCAUCUUUGGGGUCUGCCGAUUCGCUCACUGGACCCGGCAGCCCUUUGUCUCCGGCCUGUCGGAAGCGCAUGCUGGAUUCGGUGUAUGCCUAUCUUCGGCACCCGGCGCGGACCGAGCGCUCGGUGAUUAUCAUGUCGGCGCGUGUGGCACAAAAGUCCUAUGGCUCGGAGAAGCGCUUCCUCUGCCCGCCGCCGUUGGUUUUGCUCCGUGGCUCGGCAUGGGCGAGCACCUCGGCGAGUGGGGGGGCCACUGGGGCUGAGGUGGCCAGUGCGGCCAGCCUGCCGGCCGGCACCUCCUCCGACUUGACUCCGGUGAGUGGCCUGGUGGCUGGGCCCCUGCGCAGUGGACAGUUCGUGGACACCCAGCAGUCCAGCUUGCCGUUGAUUUCGAUUGCCUUCGACGAGCAGCAGACCGCCGGCGAGUCGGGCGUCGCCUCAUCGCCGCCAUCCGCCAAUGGUGGCGCCGGCUCGGGCGACUGGCCAGACGCCGGUGCCAGCACUCUAGCUCUGUCGAGCCCGUCGGCCCUCGGGACCACUUCCUCCUUCCUGCAUAUCCACCGGCAAAUAGCGGACACCUGUGGGCGGUCGGCCUUCCGAUCGCUCUUUGUCAGUGACACCGAUCGGCGAAAGCAUGUCUGCCUGCACACCCGGGUGUGCACUUCAACUGGACGCGAGCUCGGUGUCUUCCGGAGCCGGCCACUCAAGGUCAUCUCCAAGCCCUCGAAGAAGCGUCAGGGCGACCGGAAUGUUGAGCUCUGCAUCACUUCCGGCAUGAAUGUGGCCCUCUUCAAUCGCCUGCGAUCGCAAACCGUCAGUACCAAGUACCUGGCCACCGAUCAGCGCCGGUUCGUCGGACACACCCAUCUGUGGGAAGAGUUUACGAUUGUUGCCGUCGGGCCCAAUGGUCGAGAGAGGCCCAUUUCGCGCAAUGCCCCGACCGAUGAGCAAUUCCUGCAGUAUGGAAUGGAUGUGGUCCUGCGCUCGGUCCAAGACCCGUCAAUCGUGUCUCCGGUGCUGGUUAUCCGCAAGGUCGAGCGCUCGCAGGCCAUCAUCACCCCCCCACAAACCACCUUCACCGAUGACGCCGGAUCCAAUUCCCCGGAUGUCCCGGUGUCACAGCUUCACAAGGUGGCCUUCCAGCUGCGCGAUCAGCCGGGAGCCUACCUGGCCCUUGUGGAGGAUGAGAUUGCCAUCUCGCAUGCGACCAAUCGGUGUGUCCUUCCGCCAACCAUCCCGUCGGCGUCGGCGGCCGCGGCGGCCGCCGUCGGUGGCAAGGGGGCCGGCGAAAAGACCACCGGCGGCCGUGGCCGCGGCCGUGGAGUCAAGGCUGCCGCUGCUGCUGCUGCUGCUCCGAUCAUUGUCUCCCCGGACAUCGACGUCCUGGUCUCACCCAGUGCCCAACUGGAGGGCGAGACCAUUGCCGACUCAGCCGCCUGGACCAUCGUUGGCACUGAGCGCAUCCAGUACAACUUCCACUUCCACCAUUCACCGCCGAUGAAUGUCCCUGCCACCAAUGCGGCGUCCAUCAUUCCCGUGUUGGACUCCAUCCGGCUGCAGAAUCUUCACUUCUUGGAGCUCCAUGGUGAUUACUUCACCGAGGAUCUGCAUGUCUUCUUCGGCCCGGUCCCUGCGGUUCUGUCGCGCUACCGGUGUGCCAAUCUGCUGGUGUGCAUUCCGCCCUCCUUUGAAGAUGCGCUGGCGGCUUGUCGCCGAGCACAGGAGGUCGGCGUCACGGAUUGGUCCUCCUCCUCGGCUCCCUCUUGCAAUGAUCCCUUCCGGUCGGCAUCGCUGUUGAUGGCUCCGGCCAAGCCGCCGCUCUUUGAUCUGGCCAAUCGCCAUCAUUUUGAGCCCUCCGGUGCCAAGGGACCCGGCGGGCUGACCUUGCCGAUUCUCCUCCUGCGGAACUCGGACCAGGCCAUCUUCAACACCGGGGUCAUGAUGAACCUCGAGGUGGGCUUGAUGCAGAUCUUCCCGGCCACCGGGCAUCCGGCGGGCUCGGCAGCGACCGGGGCCCUGGCCGACAUUUCGGCCGAUGGCAGCGUUGGCGCCGGCCCGGCCAGCUGCAUGCCGGGCAUUGGUGAUGCCGGCCCGGAGCUCAAUAUUCCAGUGGUCCUGCCGCCCCAGACAGGCUGACAAAAUGCCCAGUCGGGGGUGUCGGAAAAUGUAAACUCUUCUCUG